AUGUUGAAAGGCACUGGGGUACCACUUUACCUGGUAAUUAGAGCCAUCCGGUCAGCCUACGGCAAUGGGGCAAAAGAAGUUGUUCCUGAGCUUAUUUGCCCGGAAAAUAGAAAGUUUUUGGGCAAAGGGUAUAAAGCCGUUAUCAGUCAAACACCUUCUUUCACUCUCUCCGUUCAACUUCGACUAUAUUACCAUGGCUCCACCGCCAUCCCCCCACCAGUCUCCAGAUCGAAUCUAUCGUAUUUCCACCAUCCGUCAAGCCUCCUGGUGCAACCACCACUUUGUUCCUCGCCUGUGCAGGUUUACAAUUUUAUUGUUAAUUGGAGUUUGAAUCAUCUAAAUCAUGGUUUCUAUCAUGCGCAAGGUGUGAGAGGUUUGGAAAUCGAAGGCAACUUCGUGAAGUUCACGGGGAUUGGUGUGUAUCUGGAGGAUAAAGCUAUUCCAUCACUCGUCGUUAAGUGGAAGGGCAAAACUGCUAUUGAGUUGACACAUUCCGUUGAGUUCUUCAGAAACAUUGUUACUGGUAUACAUGAAAUCAAGAACAAGAAUGUUAUUGUUUUCUUGGCUGGGAACGAAACGAGAGAUAUCAAAGCAAAACAUGGGUUUGAAACCAUUGAUACCACGUUAGGGUUUGUAUCAAAGCCACUCAAUGAGUCCAAUUUCAUCAUCCAAAAGCCAUAUGAUGUUCCACUUGAGCAACGAUACAGCUAUUCCCAUGGUGUUCAUAAGCUUUGGGUGAUCAAGACAGACAAACCUCAUUCUGAAACUAGCAAUACUAAUCCACGUUCUGAGAUCCGCAUUCAAGGUUAUGACUACUCUUCGGGUGUUUGGCAAUUUGAAGCAUAUGGAUAUGUGCCAUGUGGGACUACCGGGGUGAGUAUCAUGCAAGUUUUUGGAUCAGCCCCACCCAACGCCACAACCACAAUGCUAAGAGUAUAUAACAGUAGCCUUUAUUAUUACAAGGAUCCUAUGAUCAUUCGUGACUUAUAUAACAAAUGGUUUCGUUUCAAUGUUAUCCAUGAUGUUGAACAAAACAACGUCAAAGUUUAUGUGGAUGGAGUUCUCAAGUAUGAGGGAUGUGGACACGGUGGAACAUCCCAUUAUUUCAAGUGUGGAGUCUACACACAAGACCAUGCUUCGUUUUAUAUGGAGUCUCGUUGGAAAAACAUUAGAGUUUUAGAAAAAUAUUAUUAG